CUAGGGAUUGGGGGGAUUGUACUCAUUGUGCAAAGGGGAUCGUCACCAGUAAUACUAAAAGCAGAAGAGAGAUGGAGAAAAGAACAUCAGCAAAAACAAGCUUUCGCAGACGAUGUCAUGACCCCAAACACUCGCAACCGCAACCGCAAUAACCAAAACAAUUCAAACAAGAAGAAUGACGAUAAAUGCAAAUCAAGCACGGAAAAGCAAUUCACGGUGAGUGAGGAGCACACAUGGGACCCUCCAGAUCCACGGAUAGCAGCAUUGCUAUCUGAAGCAUGCAAAGAAAUCGUUUGCCACAAAUCCCUGAAGGUCGUUGGUCGCACCCUGCGAGCCACAGCGCCCAUUGAGGUCGAUACAAAACUUUAUGAGAUUCCACGGUCGAUGCAAAUUUGGGAUUUAGACGCCUAUCGAGACCCCUUCGUACGAAAGCACCUUUUCAAAGCUGGUCACAAGAUUAGUGGUAAUCGGAUGGGCACCGAAGCAUUUCUGGCUGCCUAUCUGUCUUUGGAAAUAAAAAGGGCAAAGCUCAAUCCAUCGAAUUUCGAUCCGUUGACCCUGUUAUACUUUGAUUCUUUACCAACGUUCGAAGAAUUCGAGCAUUAUCAUCCCAUUUUGGAAGAUAAGGAUUUAGUGAGAGAUAUGCUAGGACCGCGGUCCAUGGCACAUUCUGUUGUACAAGGUUAUCGCAAUAUGGUCAGGUCGGAGUACGAGGGAUUUGCUGCGGGAUCUUCGGAAUUCAGGAACACAAUUCCCGAAGACGAAUAUCUUCGAGCUCGACUAGCGGUCUUGACGAGAGCACUGAACGUCGGUCCACCGGGACCCGAAGAAGUAAUGCCAGCUGCCUUUGUCGGAGAUGAAUUCCGGGACCAAGACCUCUUUCUGGAUGAAUUGUAUUCCUAUUAUGAUCUGAUCAAUGUCAACCUCACAGAAGCGGGAGGCCAAGGGUGUAUCGCAAUGGUCCCGAUCGCUGACCUUUUCAAUCACCAUCCAAACAACAACAUAGGAUUGCAAUACAAGAGGAUGGAAACUCACGCGCAAACCAAACAGAAGUCAGGAAGAUCAUUCGUAGUUUCAUCGAGCAACAGGAUCAUCGAGCCGUACUCGGAGCCAAUGGUAAGUGACUAUACCCCCAGAGACGUGUGCCGUACGCUGUUCUGCCAAAAUGACGUUUCUUACAUGUACGUAUUUUUUAAUUGUUUACUUCUUCAUGAUGCACUGUGCUAUUCGCUGCGUUGUGUUGUGUUGUGUUUUGCUAACUUGUCUUGCAAAAUGCACACAAGGCGUCAUAUGGUGUCAUGGCAGACGCACAUUUGUAUGCACGAUAUGGAUUUGUCAAUGGAGAUGGUAGCGGCGCAAUUCAAUUAGGUUUAGCGUUUCAUCACGAGAUGAUGAAACUCAAUAUUUCGAAUCAAUACGAUUACAUACCAGAUACAGGGACUACUGCAAAGUUUAGCAACUACCAACGGGAAGGACUUGCGAAGUACUUGCGAUACGACGAUGGAUAUCCGGAAUGCAUUUCGGGGCCAUCAACGCAUCCCGGCGAAGCAGAAUUGAAGCAGCUAAAAUUGCAACAUCUCGUUAGCAUAGCAAAUGAAUAUGACAGGUGGAAUGUCGUCAUUCGACCUCCCAACCCUAAAUCAUUGCCUGCCCACUCGACAGAUAUUCCAAUCACGAAGAGGGUUCCAGAUUUUCCUAGACAUUUAUCUAUGCUACAAGGAUUCCAACAGUUGCAGGAGACUUGCAGGGUUAUAUCACUCAUCAAUGAGGACUUUGACGGAAAUGCGGUGCAAGUUUUGAAGGAGAAUGUCGGUAAUCUUAGUUUUCGAAUUGGAAACAAAGUGAGCGAUGCCCUAGAAUUUCGUUCCUUUAUGUGUAUGUCGAGAUGGUUUGGUACCAGGUUUGUGAAUAUGGAAGUACAGGGCAAGAUCGAAUUUGAAUACAGAAGGUUAUCUGCUCUGAAUCGCAAUGAAUAUGGAAGCAAAAACUGGACUCUAUAUCACGUUCGCUUUGGGGAAAUGCAGGCGUUGCAUGCUGCAUCAGGUUUGCUUUUUGAUCGCGUAUCACUGAGCUGGGAAAGCAAGAAGAAGACUACAGAACCUGAAUAUCGAAUGAGGGAUGACACCUGUCCAGAAGAAUACUUAAAUUAUUUGUUUCGAGACGAUGGACUUGUCCCGGACGUUUUGGACUUGAGAUAACGUUAAUCAUUUUUUAAAUUUUGUUCGAUCAAAAGUGCUUUCGCCUGAAAAAUAUAGCACAAUCUAUUCC